GAAACAAAAUGGACCGUAGUCAUCGGCUGCUUUUGUAUCUCUUGGUUGGAUUACAAUACACUUCGGCCAAACUGAUUCCAUGCGAUCGGUUACAAAACGGACGAAACUGCUAUAUUCAGAACAUCACAAUUGAUCCCACGGAAAACCACAGUGCCAUCCAAUUUCAAAAUGUUCUCCAACUGGUUAUUGAUAACUGUACCAUAAAGCAGUUUUCACGCGAACUGUUUGCGAAUUUGGGCGAAACAAAUUUUCUUACGUUAAAAAGAGGAAUCAUAACCACUGUCAACUUCAGUUCCGACACGCUGCACACACUUCGCAUUGAUAAAACGGGCUUACGAAACCUAUCAAUCGCAGCAAUAUCAAACCACAACCUAAACACACUAAUCAUAAAUCGAAACCCGCUCUCAAUUCUUCCGAAUACGAUUCGUUACCUGUUUGCACUUUCUAUUGUGGACCUGUCGCAAAACAAAUUGAACCACGUCAGUCUCGAUUGGUUCCAACAGAUGGAUAACCUGUUGAUUUUGGAUCUAUCGUGGAAUCACAUUGCACGAAUCGACGGAAGCUCCGAUCUACGCCUGAAACGACUGAAAAACUUCUGGAUCAAUCACAAUCAACUGUCACAGAUCCCGUGGUUUCCAAUCGGAUUCCCAAAGCUGGAACGCAUCCGCCUUUCGAACAACUACUGGGCCUGCAGCUGGAUUCGAGCGGUUCGACAGCAAAUCUGGGAUCGUGGUAUUCAGCUUUUCGAUGCCGACGAAAUCUGUAGCGAAAAACAGGAAGGUGGUCUUUGUUGUUACUUUUCUGCAACCGCGGGGACACCGCAACCAAAGUAUGAAUUUGUAGAAAUUGAACUCCAACCCCAGAAGGUUACAACGGAAACUGAACCAAUGAAACUACAAUCGGCAUCAUUGAUGAUGGAUCCAGCCGAAGAGAAAGGAAACGCUCUUGCCUGCAGAUCAUUCCAAGAGAAAUUACGAACCAUGAAACGAGACAUGUUGAUACUGGCAAGAGAAAGAGCAGAAAUGGAACAACAGUUUGCGAAAAAAGUUCAAGCAUUGCAAGAACUGUUGCGAGACGUCAGAGAAGAUUUGGUAGAGUCAGAAAAGGAAGUUUCGCGAUAUCGAUUGAAGGAACGAUUGGAGUUGAUUGCCAAAACUGAUCGAUUAAGUGGUGGUAACAGAUAAACAGGACGUGUUCCAAGAAGAUGUUUCACGUGAAGCUGAAAUCGAGUUCAAUUCUUGUUGAAUCUAUUUAUUCACGCACAUGUUAUUCAUUUUAUGCACUUUUAAAUAAACAUUUCUAUGGGCUGGUCAAAAUAACUGGCAAUAGAUUA